AAAAACCAAUUAAAGACAAAACAUUUAGAAGUAGAAAAGAAGAGAAGAAAUAAUGUAUGCACAGACUAGGUUAUUAGGACACACAAGUCUAAACAACACAUUAUUUCUGAUGAAUAAGUCAAAUGCGUGUAAAUAUAAAGAAAAUGCAAAGCAUGUACUGAUGAGGAAGUUUAGAGAAGAAAGUAAAGUGUAUGAUCAAAACUAGAAGGAAAUGGGAUGCUACUAAAAUCAGGAAACAAUCAAUUAUAAGGGCAUUAGUUACAUUUUUACAUCUUAUUAGGACAAUAUAUGUAGAGAUCAAUGAAGAAAUGCUUUUACACACUCCAAUAUCGUAGGUGGCGGUAUGCAGCUUUAACGACGGCCUUUCUGUAACCCGCCAAAAAACUACAAGGAGAACAAGACGAGCAGUUUCGCGGGAAUAAAUGUGGUUUUGUGUUUGAAUUUGAGUUUAACCUUAAGCAGAAGAAAAUGUCCAGCACCGCAGUGGAACUGACAAAUGGCCAUUGCGCGGACGCAGAAAACAAGAGAGAAAACAAAAAAAACGUUUCUCUGUUUUGUGAUGAGCGCGGUUAUUUGGACCUGAUCGAGUUCAUUCUGCAGAACGGAGCCCGAAAAGGCGACCGAACCGGGACGGGGGUGAUUUCUGUGUUCGGGACGCAGGCGAGGUACAGCCUCAGAGAUCAGUUUCCUUUGCUGACGACCAAAAGGGUUUUCUGGAAAGGCAUUUUGGAGGAGCUGCUGUGGUUUAUCAAGGGUUCAACCAAUGCCAAAGAGCUGUCAGAGAAGGGUGUGAGAAUCUGGGAUGCUAACGGCUCCAGGGAGUUUCUGGAUAAGAACGGCUUCAGCGAUCGGGAGGAAGGAGAUCUGGGUCCCGUUUAUGGCUUUCAGUGGAGGCACUUUGGAGCUGAAUACAAAGACAUGCACACUGAUUACUCUGAGCAAGGUGUUGACCAGUUACAGAAAGUGAUUGACUGCAUCACGUCAAACCCAGAAGACCGGAGGAUCAUCAUGUGUGCGUGGAACCCCAAAGACCUGCCUCUGAUGGCGUUGCCCCCGUGCCAUGCGUUGUGUCAGUUUUACGUGUCAGACGGUGAGUUGUCGUGUCAGCUGUACCAGCGCUCUGGUGAUAUCGGUCUGGGUGUGCCUUUCAACAUCGCCAGCUACGCACUGCUGACCUACAUGAUUGCCCACAUCACUGGACUCAAGCCUGGCGAUUUUGUUCACACGUUAGGAGAUGCCCACAUCUACACCAAUCACAUCGAGCCGUUGAAAGAGCAGAUUCGGCGAGAGCUGCGUCCGUUCCCCAAACUCAAGAUCAAACGCAAAGUUGAACGAAUUGAUGAUUUCCAUGCAGAGGAUUUUGAGAUCUAUGACUAUGACCCCCAUCCUGCAAUCAAAAUGCAAAUGGCUGUUUAGAUCUUAUGAACAUCUAAAAAAAAAUGUUGUUUUAGUAGUUAAAUAAUUCUGAUCUUUUCGAAUGUUUAAAAUAAAGACAGUAAGUACAUAUUAAUGGGAGAAGUGGUCUUGAGGUUCAUAACAUAACAUCUGUUCUCAGUUAGGACCAAUGUAAUCUGCGUCUAUGAAUGUCAUCCUGCAAAAAUCAGACCCAACCUUGACUUUAAAUCUAGUCCAUCCUGGAGCAAGUGCUUCGGAGCAGAGCAGCACAGAGCAAAACAUGCUAAGUAUGCAAAUGAUUUUUGUUAAUAUCUGAAUAUGAUUAUAAUAGAAACCAAACACAUGCCAGCCAAAAGAACACACACUUGGAUGAGUUGUUGGUCAGUGUUCAGUUCACACUUUUCAUUCUUGUGUAGGGUUGCAAAGGGGUGGAAAA